AUGAUUUCAAGCCUACCCGAUAUAAAUCCAAGUAUACAAACAACAACAAGUAAAGGCUCAACAAGUAUAGACAAGACUAAAGUCAAACAAGAAUUCAAACCAUUGAGAAAGAUGUCAAGUGAGAGAAUUAAGGAAAAUUGGUUUAAAAAAUCAAAAUCAUUCACAGGUCCUGGUUCUAACCUAGAGCAACCUAUGUACUUGACUGAAGAAGAAAGAAAUGCAUCACAAACAUCAAAGAAGGCUACAAAGAGUGUUACUAAAAAAUCAACAAAGGGUACACCUAAGAAGGCUACAAAGAGUUCCCCUAAGAAGGUUCCAAGGAGUUCCCCUAAGAAGCAUCCAAAGAAGAAAUCAAUUUAUGAUCUAUAA